AACUUACAAUUUCACCCUAAUUCAAAAUUCCUCUUUUUCUUUCUCCACCAGCUCGAUAACCACAGAAUUACCUCCGAAAACUAUAAAUAUCAGCCGAAAACCAUUAAAAUUUAUGCAUCACCUCAGGAGCGCUCGAAGUAUGCAAACAAGUUGUGGCUUGCUUUUGCAUGUACUCACCAUAACCACAUCGAACACUUCCUCUCGCUUAGGGACUUGAACAGGGGAGGUUUGGACGAAUUCUGCCGCUUCGGCCUCCGGUGAACAAGAUUCAGACUCAAGCACGGCUGCCUCAGAUUCUGAGGACUAGGGGAGAAGUGGAAAUGUAUGCGAAGAAGAAGAAGAAGAGAGAGAGGUUGAGGGAAGAGGGGGAGAGAAACCUGAGAUUGGAAUUGUUAGAGAAAGAGAACGUCUGGGAAGGGUUUAGCUUUGUAGAAAUUCUGUUGUGGGAUGGGAGCGAGGAGCAUAAGGAAAGGGUUGCAGAGGAAGAGGCCAUUGCUCGAAAAAUACAAUUUGCUGGCCCUUUCGUCUUCACACAACUCUGCCACUUUUUUUUGUCAAAAAAUUCUAUUCGGAAGAUCCUUUAUUUUGCCGACUGGAAAUGCUAUGCCCUAGUUCUGCAGUGCGGUUGAAGAAGAAGAACAACCUCCUACGCGAAACGUUGAACUUGAGAUUGAGAAAUGGCGAAAUCAAGCGCAGACGAUGAGGAGCUAAGGCGAGCUUGCGAGGCUGCAAUCGAGGGCACUAAGCAGAAGAUCGUGAUGUCGAUCCGUGUGGCCAAGAGCCGAGGGAUUUGGGGCAAAGCCGGCAAGCUAGGCCGUCAGAUGGCCAAACCUAGGGUUCUUGCUCUCUCCACAAAAUUGAAAGGUCAGCGGACAAAAGCCUUUCUGCGAGUCUUAAAAUAUUCCAAUGGAGGAGUUCUUGAGCCUGCGAAAUUGUACAAGUUAAAGCAUCUAUCAAAGGUGGAGGUUAUAGCAAAUGAUCCUAGUGGAUGCACGUUUACAUUGGGUUUUGAUAACCUCAGGAGCCAGAGUGUUGCUCCACCUCAGUGGACCAUGCGCAAUAUUGAUGACAGGAACCGCCUUUUACUUUGUAUCUUAAAUAUCUGCAAAGAUGUACUGGGUCGGCUUCCCAAAGUUGUUGGUAUAGACGUUGUGGAGAUGGCUCUAUGGGCAAAGGAAAACACACCCUCAGUUAGCACUCAAAAAAACCUUGAAGAUGGGCCAGUUGCAGCAACUGUGACUGAAACUGAGUUGAAAGUGACUGUUGAAAAAGAACUUGUAUCCCAGGCUGAGGAGGAGGAUAUGGAAGCUCUUUUGGACACUUAUGUCAUGGGUAUUGGUGAGGCAGAGGCAUUUUCUGAACGGUUGAAGCGGGAGCUUCUGGCUUUGGAAGCAGCAAAUGUGCAUGCCAUUUUGGAAAGUGAACCUUUGAUAGAUGAGGUGUUGCAAGGGCUUGAGGCAGCAACUAACUGUGUUGACGACAUGGACGAAUGGCUAGGCAUAUUUAAUGUUAAACUUAGACACAUGAGAGAGGACAUUGAGUCGAUAGAGACCCGCAAUAACAAGUUGGAGAUGCAAUCUGUGAAUAAUAAAACUCUCCUUGUGGAACUUGAUAAGCUUCUUGAGCGAUUGCAUAUCCCUUCGGAGUAUGCAGCAAGUUUGACAGGAGGUUCAUUUGAUGAGGCUCGCAUGCUUCAAAAUAUAGAAGCAUGUGAGUGGUUAACUGGUGCUUUGCGUGGCCUUGAAACUCCAAAUUUUGAUCCUAACUAUGCGAAAAUGCGAGCUGUCAAGGAGAAGCGGGCAGAACUUGAAAAGUUAAAAAGUACAUUUGUCAGGAGAGCUUCUGAGUUCUUGAGAAACUACUUUGCCAACUUGGUGGAUUUCAUGAUAAGUGACAAAACAUUCUUUUCUCAGCGAGGACAGUUGAAGAGGCCCGAUCAUGCAGACUUGCGGUACAAAUGCAGGACAUAUGCCCGCCUUCUUCAACAUCUAAAGAGUCUUGAUAAGAAUUGCUUGGGUCCACUGAGAAAAGCUUAUUGUAUCUCCCUUAACUUGCUUCUUCGUCGGGAGGCUCGUGAGUUUGCAAAUGAACUUCGUGCUAGUACAAAAGCAUCAAAAAAUCCAACCGUUUGGCUUGAAGCUUCCACAGGCUCUGGUCAAAACACAAAUGCUGCAGACACUUCUACUGUUUCUGAUGCUUAUGCUAAGAUGCUGACAAUUUUUAUUCCUCUUCUUGUAGAUGAGAGUUCCUUUUUUGCGCACUUCAUGUGCUUUGAAGUACCUGCACUUGUUGCUCCUGGAGGUCAUGUUAAUGGUAGCAAACCUGCAUAUGACAACGGCGAUGCCAAUGAUGAUGAUCUGGGGAUUAUGGAUAUUGAUGAAAAUGACAGUAAAAAUGGUAAAAAUUCAGCUGAGCUUGCAGCACUAAAUGACUCUCUUCAGGAUUUACUUGAUGGAAUCCAAGAAGACUUCUAUGCUGUGGUUGAAUGGGCAUACAAGAUUGAUCCCUUACGCUGCAUAUCAAUGCAUGGAAUUACAGAGCGCUAUCUCUCAGGUCAGAAAGCUGAUGCAGCAGGAUUUGUGCGUCUCUUGCUUGGUGACCUAGAGUCAAGAAUUUCUUUGCAGUUUGGCCGUUUUGUAGAUGAAGCUUGUCACCAAAUUGAAAGAAAUGAGCGCAAUGUGAGGCAGAUGGGUGUCUUAUCAUACAUCCCAAGAUUUGCAAUUCUUGCAACUCGAAUGGAGCAGUACAUCCAGGGACAAUCUCGGGAUUUGGUCGAUCAAGCGUACACAAAAUUUGUUAGCAUAAUGUUUGUUACGUUGGAGAAAAUUUCACAAACAGAUCCAAAAUAUGCUGAUAUGUUUCUGUUAGAGAAUUAUGCAGCUUUUCAGAACAGUUUGUAUGACCUAGCCAAUAUUGUGCCUACGUUAGCCAAAUUUUAUCAUCAGGCAAGUGAAGCUUAUGAACAAGCUAGCACACGUCAUAUCACUGUGAUUAUUUACUCUCAAUUUGAAAGACUCUUCCAGUUUGCUCGAAGAAUUGAGGAUUUGAUGUACACACUCGCGCCAGAAGAGAUUCCAUUCCAGCUUGGGUUAUCAAAAAUGGACCUCCGGAAGAUGCUAAAAUCUAGUGUUUCUGGGGUUGACAAGAACAUUGGUGUAAUGUAUAAAAAGUUGCAGAAGAAUUUAACUUCAGAGGAACUUUUGCCUUCUUUAUGGGAUAAGUGCAAGAAGGAGUUUCUAGUUAAGUAUGAAAGUUUUGCUCAACUUGUUGCAAAGAUUUACCCCACGGAGACCAUUCCAUCUGUUGUAGAAAUGAGAGAACUUCUGGCCUCCAUGUAGAGAGAGUUCGUAUUGUAGAAUCUUGAAUAGUUUCUUUUUCAGUACAGAGUUAUUUUAGCCUGCUGUAAUCAUUCUUUGGUACAUUUUUUUCAUAUAACUUGAUUCAUUGGACAAGCAUUUCAGGUCUCUCUCAUAUCAGCAUAGGUUGAAUAAAAGUUAUGUAUAAUAAUCACAGCGGGUGGUAUAUAUUGUUCAUAUAUCUGUACAUGCUUUGUUGAUAUCCUGACCGUUAAAAGAACUGGGUUAGUUACCUACC